AGUCUCGUUGGCGCAUGCGCAUAGUAGAAAACUUGCCCUGCUCUGGCGCCGCGGCUCAAGAUGCUGCGAAAGGUCGUUCUUUCGCGCUUAUGCCCACUGCUUGGAGGGCCAGCGGUCUCUGUAGCGAGCUGCGGUCGCAGGAAGUUCGCUUCCGGUGUCCCUCCUUCGGGCAGCACUUCGCCCAGAGCUCUAAACAUCUUUGACAGGGAAUUGAAGAGGAAACAGAAGAAUUGGGCCGCCCGGCAGCCGGAGCCCAUGAAAUUUGACUACCUGAAGGAGGAGGUUGGAAGCCGGAUUGCAGACCGUGUCUAUGACAUAGCCAGAGAUUUCCCCCUUGCACUGGACAUAGGAUGUGGAAGAGGCUACAUAGCACAGCAUUUGAAUAAGGAGACUGUAGGAAAGAUCUUCCAAACAGACAUUGCAGAACAUGCUUUGAAUAAUUCCUUAGAAACAGAUAUUCCUACUGUGAAUAUUUUAGCUGAUGAAGAAUUCCUUCCCUUCCAAGAAAACACAUUUGACCUGGUGGUUAGCUGCUUAAGUUUGCACUGGGUGAAUGACCUCCCUAGAGCACUUGAACAGAUUCAUUAUGUCUUAAAACCAGAUGGGGUGUUUGUCGGUGCAAUGUUCGGAGGUGACACACUCUAUGAACUCCGGUGUUCAUUACAGUUAGCAGAGACAGAGAGGGAAGGAGGCUUUGCCCCACACGUUUCUCCUUUCACUGCUGUCAGUGACCUAGGGCAUCUGCUGGGAAGAGCUGGCUUCAACACUCUGACUGUGGAUACUGAUGAAAUUCAAGUUAACUAUCCUGGAAUGUUUGAAUUGAUGGAAGAUUUAAAAGGUAUGGGUGAGAGCAACUGUUCUUGGAACAGAAAAGCCCUGCUGCACCGAGACACAAUGCUGGCAGCUGCAGCGGUUUACAGAGAGAUGUACCAGAAUGAGGAUGGUUCCAUACCUGCAACCUAUCAAAUCUACCACAUGAUAGGAUGGAAAUACCAUGACUCUCAGGCAAAGCCAGCUGAAAGAGGUUCUGCAACCGUGUCAUUUGGAGAGCUAGCAAAACUAAAUGAUGUCAUAUCACAGGGGAAAAAAUAAUAAAUAUUUUAUUCAAUUGUA